AAAGCAGUGAUUGAUUUUCUGAAGAGAAGUACCAUUAAAUUUAUUCACGUGACACCCUUAUAAAGUCCUUGGUCUUGCUGAAUCUGUUAUCAUACUUUGCUACGUCUCUCGCUUUCUAUUUCUCUCUCUUUCUGAGAACUAAUUAUUGAAGUGAGAAGAUUGAAAAGAUUGGUAUUUGCAUGAAAAAAGAUGGCAGAAGAUCAUGAUGGAGGAACAUCAGCUACUAAAGGAAACGAUUACAACAACAAUGGCAAGAACAAGAAAGGAGCAGAUGAUCAGAAGGUGCCAUUUUACAAGCUCUUUUCGUUUGCUGAUAGAUUGGAUAUCGUUUUGAUGACAGUGGGAACGAUCGCAUCCAUUGCCAAUGGGAUGACACAGCCUCUCAUGACUCUCAUAUUCGGACAACUGAUCAAUUCUUUUGGUGCAACAGAUCCAUCCCACAUCGUAAAAGCAGUCUCAAAGAUUGCAGUAAGGUUUUUAUACUUGGGAGUUUAUGCCUGCAUCGCUUCAUUUCUACAGGUAGCAUGUUGGAUGGUGACUGGGGAAAGACAGGCCACCCGCAUUCGGGGUUUGUACUUGAAAACGAUACUGAGACAAGACAUUGGAUUCUUUGACACUGAAACAACUACCGGAGAAGUCAUUGGGAGGAUGUCAGGAGAUACUAUCCUUAUUCAAGAGGCAAUGGGCGAGAAGGUUGGGAAGUUUAUACAACUUGUUUCAGCUUUUAUUGGUGGGUUUGUAAUUGCAUUUACGAGAGGAUGGGAACUUGCCCUUGUUUUAUCGGCCUGCAUCCCUCUUGUUGUCAUUGCUGGUGGAACCAUGGCAAUGAUAAUGGCAAAAAUGUCAAGCAGAGGACAACUUGCUUAUGCGGAAGCUGGAAAUGUAGUAGAACAAACAGUCGGCGCCAUUAGAACUGUUGCAUCCUUUACCGGGGAGAAACAGGCUAUAGAAAAAUAUAACAGCAAGCUACUAAUCGCCUAUACUGCCACCAUUCACCAAGGGCUGGUAUCAGGCGUAGGACUUGGUGCAAUGUUGGUUGUUGUGUUUUCCAGUUAUGGACUAGCUGUGUGGUAUGGAUCUAAAUUGAUCGCACACAAAGGAUACAAUGGCGGACAAGUCAUCAAUGUUAUAAUAGCAAUCAUGACAGGUGGAAUGUCAUUGGGUCAGACAACUCCCAGUUUAAAUGCGUUUGGAUCAGGGCAAGCUGCCGCAUAUAAGAUGUUUGAGACAAUCAAACGGAAACCAAAAAUUGAUCCUUAUGACACCAAUGGAAUAAUAUUGGAAGAUAUCCAGGGUGAAAUUGAACUCAAAGAUGUGCAUUUCAGGUAUCCUGCCAGACCAGAUGUCCAGAUAUUUUCUGGUUUUUCAUUGCAUAUCCCGAGUGGCACAACUGCAGCCUUAGUUGGGCAAAGUGGGAGCGGGAAAUCAACAGUAAUUAGCCUUUUAGAGCGAUUCUAUGAUCCUGAUUCUGGUGAAGUUCUUAUAGAUGGAGUUGAUUUGAAAAAGUUGCAGCUCAGAUGGAUAAGGGGGAAAAUUGGGCUAGUCAGUCAGGAACCUAUUCUGUUUGCAACUACUAUCAGGGAAAAUAUAGCAUACGGAAAGGAAAAUCCGACCCACGGAGAGAUUAGAACAGCAAUUGAGCUUGCUAAUGCUGCCAAAUUUAUUGACAAGUUGCCACAGGGGCUUGAUACCAUGGUGGGAGAGCACGGAACUCAACUUUCAGGUGGACAAAAGCAAAGAAUUGCAAUAGCGAGGGCCAUCUUAAAAAACCCAAAAAUCCUCCUGCUUGAUGAGGCUACAAGCGCCCUGGAUGCUGAGUCUGAACGAGUUGUUCAAGAUGCACUGGUGAAAGUGAUGUCCAAUAGGACAACUGUGGUGGUGGCACAUCGGUUGACAACUAUCAGGAAUGCUGACAUGAUAGCAGUGGUGCACCAAGGGAAACUUGUGGAGAAAGGAUCGCAUGAGGAGUUGAUCAGAGAUCCAGAAGGUGCUUAUUCCCAGUUGGUUCGGCUGCAAGAGAGAGCUAAAGAAGGUGAAGGUGUUCCAGCCAAGGAAGCAGAAAAAUCAGAUGCAAUUUCCGAUAUAGAUAAGGCCAUUACCAGGUCCGGAAGCCAGAGCUUGAGCUUUUCUUUGAGAAGGUCUAUAAGCAGAAAUUCAUCAAGUAGCCGACAAUCCUUCACAUAUAAUUUUGGUCUUCCCGCUCCUGUUAGUUUUUAUGAGACUGAAGAAGCAGACGUAGAGAGCAGUGUAAGAGAGGAAAUUGACAUUGAAAGAAGCAAAAGUGUUUCUAUUAAACGGCUGGCCUCUCUUAACAAAACUGAGGUGCCAGUUCUAUUGGUUGGAUCCAUUGCUGCAGCUGUACAUGGAGUAGUUUUUCCUAUGUUUGGUCUCUUUUUCUCAUCAGCCAUUAAAUCAUUCUAUGAGCCAACUAGUCAGCUGUUAAAAGAUGCCAGGAUUUGGGCACUUUGUUAUGUUGGAAUGGGUUUAGUUACUCUAUUAGUUGGACCGUUGCAGAAUUAUUUCUUUGGAGUUGCAGGUGGGAAAUUGAUUCAAAGAAUUCGUUCCUUAACAUUUGAGAAGGUUGUCCACCAAAACAUCAGUUGGUUUGAUGAUCCUGCGAAUUCAAGUGGCGCCAUAGGAGCGAGGUUGUCUACUGAUGCAUCUACUGUACGAAAUCUCGUCGGCGAUACCUUGGCCCUGAUUGUACAAAACAUAUCUACUAUUACAGCAGGAUUAAUCAUAGCAUUCACAGCUAACUGGAAACUGGCUCUGGCAAUUCUAGCCGUAUCCCCAUUUAUGUUAAUUCAAGGAUACCUGCAGACGAAAUUUCUGAAAGGGUUCAGUGCUGAUGCAAAGUUGAUGUAUGAAGAAGCUAGCCAAGUAGCUAAUGACGCUGUUGGAAGUAUCAGAACUGUUGCCUCUUUUUGUUCAGAAAAGAAGGUGAUGGAUUUGUACGAACAGAAAUGUGAAGCCCCCAUGAAACACGGAGUCCGUCUUGGAGUUGUAAGCGGUUCUGGGUUCGGAUUCUCUUUCUUUGCUCUAUACUGCACAAACGCCUUCUGUUUCUACAUCGGAGCUGUACUUGUAGAGCAUGGGAAAGCAACAUUCGAACAAGUAUUCAAGGUUUUCUUUGCCUUGACAAUCUCAGCCAUCGGUGUUUCACAAACCAGUGCCUUGGCUCCUGACACCAAUAAAGCCAAGGAUUCAACAGCUUCAAUAUUUGAAAUUCUUGAUAGAAAACCCCCAAUUGACUCAAGUAGCAGUGCUGGCACUACACUAACCAAUGUAGCAGGUAAUAUUGAUUUAGAACAUGUCAGCUUCAAGUAUCCAACGCGACCAGAUAUUCAAAUAUUCAGAGAUUUGUGUUUGAAAAUACCGUCUGGAAAGACUGUUGCACUUGUUGGAGAGAGUGGGAGUGGGAAGUCAACUGUCAUCAGCCUCAUAGAAAGAUUUUAUGAUCCUGACUCUGGUCAUGUAAUAUUGGAUGGGAUGGAUAUCCGGAAGAUGAGACUAAGCUGGCUGAGGCAACAAAUGGGAUUAGUUAGUCAGGAACCGAUGCUUUUCAAUGAGACCAUCCGUGCCAACAUAGCCUAUGGCAAACAGGGAAAUGCCACGGAAGAAGAGAUCAUAGCGGCAACAAAAGCAGCAAAUGCACACAAUUUUAUCAGCUCAUUACCUCAGGGUUAUGACACCUCAGUAGGAGAACGAGGAGUGCAGUUGUCUGGCGGCCAAAAGCAGCGAAUAGCCAUAGCCAGAGCCAUAUUGAAGGACCCCAAAAUCCUUCUGCUUGACGAGGCAACCAGUGCUCUAGACGCUGAAUCAGAGCGUGUGGUGCAGGAAGCAUUGGACGGAGUUAUGGUGAACAGAACCACCGUAGUUGUUGCUCACCGCCUUACUACCAUAAAGGGUGCUGAUAUUAUUGCAGUAGUGAAAAAUGGAGUCAUCGCUGAGAAAGGAAGCCACGAGGCAUUGAUGAAGAUUACUGACGGGGCUUAUGCCUCCUUGGUAGCACUUCACUUGAGCUCUUCAACAUGAGUUGAAAACAACCAUUGGAAGAGCUUCUACCAUAACUUCACACCUUUCUUUUCAGUUAACACUCACACCGUGCAGAUGAAGAAGAUUUUCAAAUAAAAACUCCAAUCUCUCCAAAUAAAUUACUCUGAAAUCAAAUUCUUCCCGCUCAAGGGUAUUUAUAUAUGUUAAGUAACGACACGGAACUUGAUAUAGUGUUUUUUCUUUUUUUUUUUUAGAAUCCUUUUCCCUCUUUCCCUUAGACAUCAUUGAAUAACUACUUUCCUCCUGUUCAGAAACUAUAUCAGGUUAAUUAUGCGAUACUGAAGAGAAAUAAAUAUAACCUUUGUAUGGUUCAGAAGUCUCAAUU